CACACACACACACGCACACACACACACACACACACACACACACACACACACAUAGACACACAUCUGUGGCGGCGGCGGUGGUGGUGGAGCAGCAGAUCAGCCGGACAACAAAGGGACGCGCAGGGGACUACCGCAGCCAGGACGGGAUUUUACUAUCCAGUGUCAGCUUGGCUCACUGAACUCUCUCAUAUCUGCUGGGGAAGAAAAGUCAGCCAGGCUGGAGGUGAAGACCACAGAAGCGCUUAUUACCCGAGUAGAUAGUACGGCCGUACUUGUGACCCUCGGCUGCGAGAUGGAGCUGGAGCAUUUCGACGAGCGGGACAAAGGUCAGAGGCACAGCCGGUCCAACGGGAAGAUGAACGGCGUGCCCAGUCCCACACACAGCGCCCACUGCAGCCUGUACCGGACCCGGACCCUGAAGACGCUGAGCGCGGAGAAGAAGGCCAAGAAGGUCCGCUUCUACCGCAACGGAGACCGCUACUUCAACGGGAUAGUUUAUGCCAUCUCCACAGACAGGUUCCGGACCUUUGACGCCCUGUUGGCAGACCUGACCCGCUCCCUGUCCGACAAUGUCAACCUGCCCCAGGGCGUCAGGACCAUCUACACCUUGGAUGGCUCCAAAAAGAUCACCACCAUCGACCAGCUGGUAGAAGGUGACAGCUAUGUGUGCAGCUCCAUUGAGGCUUACAAGAAGCUGGACUACACAAAAAAUGUAAACCCCAACUGGUCGGUGAAUGUGAAAGCCUCAGCAGCAGCUGCCCGUGGGCCUCCUUCCCUGGGCAGUGCCAAGGCUGGGGCCCCAGAGAGCCGCGAAAACAAGGACUUCAUCCGUCCAAAGCUUGUGACUGUGGUCCGGAGCGGGGUGAAACCUCGCAAGGCUGUGAGGAUCCUGCUGAACAAGAAGACAGCCCAUUCUUAUGAACAAGUCCUGACUGACAUCACUGAUGCCAUCAAACUGGACUCUGGAGUGGUUAAGAAGAUCUAUACGCUGGAAGGCAAACUGGUGACAUGUCUGCAAGAUUUCUUUGGUGAUGAGGACAUUUUUGUGGCAUGUGGACCGGAGAAGUUUCGCUACCAGGACGACUUCAUGUUGGAUGAAAGUGAGUGUCGUGUGAUGAAGUCAGUGACCUACGCGAAGGUGUCGGGCCCUCUGAGCCGAGCCUCCCCAAGGACCGUCGCCCAAUCACGACGCAGCAAAUCCCCUGCAUCCGUGAAUGGGACACCAGCCAGUCAGUUGUCCACUCCUCAUUCGGGAAAAUCUCCGAGCCCCUCCCCGACUAGCCCCGGCAGCCUCAGCCGUCGCAGGGAAAAGGACAAGGCCGUGACUGAGCAUAGGCCGACUACAUCUUAAAGCCCCUAGAUUAUGGAGAAACAACAACACCCCACCAUUUUUAGUGUCUCAGAAAGUGAGAAUGAGAGAGGAGAGAGAGAGGGGAGGGGGUCUGACCCUUGACCUGACACAGUGCUGCUCUGGGAUUCUAGGAAAAUCAUGUUAGGAUCCUCCAAUGUCACAGCUCUGACCCCAUGCUUAUAGUUUAAGAACAGUUCUUCCUUCCUUCCCCCAUACAUGUGAACCCAUAACUCUCUUUAUUGCUUAUGGAGAGCUAUGUCUGUCUGCCUUUGGUAGCUGAAACAGAAAAUGAUGCUAUCACUGACAGUAUCUAGCAGUAAUCAGUCAGUAUUAGCCAGUAUUGACUCUAAAUAUGACAGUGAUGGAUGCACUUGUAAGCAGCCGGUUCCAAUCUUCUGAUCUGUUUUUGUUUUGGAAAAUGCAAGUUAAAAGAGAUUUGCAUCAUCUGUUAGCUACCAAGCAGUGAGUAAGAUUGAUUUGUAUUGGCUGCCAGCAGCAACAACAAUAACAACAAAAAAGCCCCAUUCAGGGUGAAUUUUUGUUCUUAUUUAUUCAAAAUACAUGUUUUAAUUCAGAAUCUUGUUUAAUGAUAGUAAAUCAGUAUCUGAUUAGUAGCAGCCAUCUUUUAUCUGGGUUGGGGGCUUCAAAAGAAGCCCUUAUCGAAGCGCCCCAAAUGGAAAUCAUAACCCGGUCCAUUAUCUAUAGUGCACUACUCAGCUUACAGGGGAGAAGGAGGCCCUUUGAUACAGACAGACUGUGUGUUCACACUGUGUGACUCUGAGUUUCUGUAGAGACAAUACUGCUGUACUGAGGGGUUUCUGAAGGAGCAUGCAACUCAAGGGAAAAACGUGAAUACCAUGCCAUUUUUAUUUAAAAUGUGUCUUGUGAGAAUGUGUGCGUGCAUGUGUGAGUGUUUGUGUGUGUGUGUGUGUGUGUGUGCAUUGGAGAUCAAAGUGUUUGUUAAUCCAGUCCUUGACAGUAAUGAUGGUGAGCUUUUAAUAUCAGCCUCAAUCCCAGCCAGAGCCUGCCUCCUCACAGCAACGCUUUAAUUUGUAGGAGCUCUAAGCCUGCUGCUGAUUCAGUCUCUUCUGACUUGUAAACAAACACUCGCACACGCAUGCAUGCGCACACGCAGACACACACAGAUAAUACAUGAUCGCACACAAAAUCUCUUUCCUUCCCUCUCUCUGUGCAUUGUUUCUCUCACACACUCCCAUUCUCAAAUAUACUCUCCCAUGGUCAAAGCUGCGAUCACAGUACAUAACAGAUUGAUUUAUACCGUUUUUAUUCCUCAUGUAUUUGUGCAGCUGAGACAUAACUAGUAGUAUUUAUUGUUUUGCUGUUUAUUGUUGCAGGCAACAGAGCUGUGCCCGUUUAAGGAGAGAAAAGCAAACAAUGUGAUUAUAUGAUGUGAUAAAUAGGGCUGGAAUCAAUAGAUUUGAAAGGGAUAUAAAGCAGAUUAAAUGAUUUGAGUCCUGACUUUUGGGCAUAACUGAGUGUGUAUGUGCGCGCGCAUGUGCGUGUAUGAGUGCACGCCUGGCUGCGUGCAUGUAAGCGAAAUCAGCAUAGCAUGAAGAAUGAAUUCUAUGGGCAUAGUAGCUCCAGUCUUGUGCCACAGUUUUCGUGCCAGACAGAAUGAAAGGACGGUGGAGAGUCAGGCCUUCGGGCGUACGAGCCGAACAUUGAUGAGGUUAUAUUGAUGCGAUCUGAGGGUCAGGCAGGGCGAGCUCAGCCACGGCCACAGGAGCACUCAGAUUGUGGCAGUAACUGCGUGGAGAAUAGAGCAAGGUGCUGUGGAGCUCCCACAAGCAUCUGUUAUGGAACUGGGUCACCCUGGCUUGCAGUCUUUGAAUGGGAAACGGAAAGAGGCGGGCAAGUGCAAACAUACAUACGCUCUGUCUCUCUCUGAAUGAAUAAAUGUGGGCCAGUAAAUGCUGGCAAGUGCAGGCCUCAGUGGCUGCUGCCUUGAUCUUUCCUCCCAGACAAUUUCUCCUGCUCCAGAAUGAGAGCCUAACAAGGUGGGGUAAGAGAGGUGAAGGAGGAACAAUCAGGAGUAUCGAGAAAAGAAGUGCACUACAGAAAUAUUAGCCCCGUCCUCUCGAGAUUAAACCACGCCGCCUUUUCCCUUCCACCCACUUUCCCCACUAAGUAUUAGCCUACACAAAUUAGCCUUGUAGUGCAAUUCCCACUUCCCUGGUAUGGCAGUUUAAUUCAGAUUUUAUAGCACACUAAUCAAGAGCGUGUAUUUCUCAACGAGAGAUUAUUCUGGUCUUUGUGCUCCUUGACAAACUAUGCUAAGCCUGCUAUACGGCUUGGCGGGAAGUAAGGGAGGAAGCCUCAUACUCCAUUAUCUCUCCUCCCCACUCUGCUACUUUAGACUCGGCUAUAUUACUCUGUCAUUCUGCGCCCGAUUUUGCAUGUUUUCUAUCUCCCCUCUCAGUGAUUCUGCCUCUUUUCUCCCCUCCCUGCCAAGUUUUAAUUUCCCUCGCGCUGAGUCUCCCAUCCAGUCUCCCUUACAACCCCCACCACCCCUUUCCCUAUUUAGAAGGGUAUUAAACCUCACAGGGAGAAAUUAUGGCCCAUCGCUUGUCUUGGAGAUGAAUCCUAAGCUUAACUCCAAAGUGGAGUACAAGUGAGGCUUCUAACACUGCCACACUUUCCCCAUCAUCCAAUUGUAAACACACAGGUAUUUUUUUUUAAACUGCUGGUAAUUUGUAUUCCCAUUUUCAUACAUUAUGCUUAUAAAAAAACACAGCAUUCACCAAUAUUAAGUUAACAUUAUAAAUUUGCAUUCAGUAAUGUUGUUUGUUAAUGCAAACGUUUGAAACUCAUUUAUUACUUAAAACCUAUUCUGACAUUAACCAAAGUAAUUAAGUCACAACAGGCAUUAACUAACAUGAACAGAGUGUUAUUCAUGUAAUUUGGUAUUAGUGUAUAGUGCUACUCAAGUAACUACACACAUACACAUUUAUUACACUGAAUGAAUACACUCCUAACCUAACCUGUAACUAAAAAAAAACCCUUUCCUAAUAUCAUGCUGUCUUCAAAUACUCACAGUCUUUAUGUUCUUGAGGGAACAUUUUGGACUCAGAAAUGACCCCAAAAACAAAGAUCUACACUCCUGUUUUUCAAUUUCAGCUAAAAGUGUAUAGAAAACAAACAAAUAAAUCCAUUUCCUGAGUAGCCGCAGAACUGAACACUUCCUGACCUAGCAUCACUACAAAUCUGCACGGCUCACCUCAUUGGACCCUGCAUUAAAAUACACGGGGGCACUUCCCUGCCUGAAGUAGGUUGCCUGCACAAUCCAGACCAUCUCAGCCUAUUUCCUCGAGCAGAAAUUACAGACAUCGCAUUGCGCCGCGUUAGCCACGCAUAGUCAACACCGCAGCUCAAGUGCCUCUCCUUUCUUUUUACCCGGACGUGAUGUGUGCACAUAUUCAUGGAAAUCACACCGAUAGUCACUUAUAUGUUCAUGUCUGCUUAAAGAAAACACACACUUCUAUACAUGAAAUGACCAUUUGUGCACCGGCGGGAGCUUGCAUCACAGGGUUUCAUACACUGACUGCACAACUAGCGACCCAUUUUCAUGAAUUAUAAACAGAAGCAUAAAAGAAUACUCUAUAUAUACACAAACUCAUCCACUCUCCUCCCAUCCCCCUCCUCUUCCUCCUCCUCUAGUCAAGAGUCAUAUUAGUACUUGCUCGCCUCACUUAUCUUUUCAUAAUCAUCUUGCUUUCUUCAUACCAUCUUUGUUAUCCUCCUUUCUCAUUUCGCCUACACAUUCGCAGACUCAGACGAGCUGAGUGAUGGCGAGGUCACUGCUCGUCACCCACUCUGUUAGAUGUGAGGAAUCCAGCAGGAACAAACAAUAUGCAGCGAAGAGCCAUUGUAACAGAUUGAUGACGAGGUAAACAGAGGCUCUUUGAUGCCAGCGCUGUUCGCCAGCAGCUGUGCCACAGCCAGGUAGCUCUGUAUUUGAGAGUAUGUGUGUGUGUGUGUGUCUAAGAGAAAGCGAGAGAGAGAGAAAGAGAGGAAAAAGUGCUAAUUGUCAACAGUAGUAUCUCACCUACAUCCUCCUCUCACCAUUGACUCAUUCAUGUCCACAGUCCAUUGAAUUGCAUGCUCCACCUCUCAUUCCGAAUGUUCUUAUUUGAUGUUGGGUGAUUCACAAAUGUAUUAUAGUGUACGUGUGUGUGUGUGUGUGUGUGUGUGUGUGUGUGUGUGUGUGUGUGUGUGCGUGUGUGUGUGAAAAAGAGUGGAAGACAAAGUGCAUGUUAUUACCUGGGUGAAUACUGACUCAUUUCAGCCAUCCAUGUGUGUUUGUCAUUACUAAUGCAUGUAUUUGUUAUUUGGAUGUAUACUUCUCAUUUCAUGUUGUGUUUAUGUCAAUAGGGUUUUUAUUUCUAGUUUUUUUUUGUUUGUUUUGUUGGUCUUAUUGUCACCUGCCAAUAAGACUGGCUGCAGCGCAUGAGGAAGCAGUUGGCAUUGCGGUGGAGGUUAAUCAGAGCCACGGGCUUCUCAAUCGGUAGACGAGUCGUCUACCAAACAAACACUGAACCGUAUUGCUGCGACGUGAAAAUGUGUCGUGUUUGUUCGGAGCGUGUCACUGUAUGGAACGUGAACAACUGCAGUUGGCAGUGGCUCCUACUUCAGCCCUCCAAAAAUCACUGGAAAUGUGAAAGCAAGACAGGCGGAAUAACUUCAGCGUAACUUUUCCAAAUGAAAUCCUUCAAAAGGCAUCUUCAAAUAUAAAUGCGUGUUUGUCAAAAAUCCCACUAGAUUUGCGUUUUUGCACAUUUCCUCCCCCCGAGUAACGCCUAGCACUGAAAGCUUUGAAUAUCUGAGGGGUUACUUCAUGUCACGAUAAAAUAGUUGAGUCUCCUAGUCAAAUGAUCAAGUCUGUUUCACAUUUGCACGUCUUUAAUGUAUCAUAGUUUUCGGCACCAGAUUUUAGCAGCUUUAGCAGUAUCUCCAGAUUUUUUUUUUUUUUUGCUGCUGUUCAUUGACAUUUAUGGUAUGGAACAGGAAAAUGUGUGAAGUCUCUCAGUGUGUAGAAUAUUUUCAUGAGCUGAGAUCACACUUGACAGGGUUAGAGGUCGGCUCCUGGCUCGUCUUCCGCAUGUGAUGCCUCCUUCGUUUCCUCAUGCAAUGCUGCCAGUUCUUUUUGGCCCAUUUGAUUUGUUUGUAUUUUCUUUGCUAAAUGUAUCACUUUGCAUUUGUUGAUGUCAUUAAAUUCGUUGCCAUUUCAUUUCA